AUGUACGUGCCUUCUUCCGCUUGCUGCUUUAACCUUUUCCUUCGGAGGGAGAACUCAACGUCUUUGAUUCACAUCGAUGCGGGCAUUACAAUCGGGCAGAUUCUACAGAUUGCCACCUUUGUGUCACCGGACAUUUACGAGGAGGUGCCCGGCGAGCUAGGACAAUCCCUGAAGACACAUGGCCGAUACAACAAAUUCAUCAGUCCAGUGCUGGUAUCACAUUCGCUAGGAGUCGAUGAAGCCAGGGUUUUGACGACAACCAUUACCGUGCGAGAUGUCAUUCAAGAUACAGAAGAAUGCGAGCAGUUGCUCAUAUCGAACGGGUGGCGAUGUUUGCUGAAAUCCGGUCUACUGAUGCUUCUAGUGCAGAUUGGGCCGCAUUCGGUUACUUGUGUAGAAGAAUCCAAGUUCCUGUUGAACAUCGCGAUGCGGUUCACCAACGUUCUGGAUGCUCACAUUCAGAAAGCUCGAGAGACAGUAUUUCCAGGUGAUGACCGCUUUUCCGCCUUCAACAUAGCCGCAAAGUGUGUGAUUCCGUACAAAGUUCUUGGUUUUCCUGCUGGUACAUCCAUGAAAGACGUCGUCAAAACAUUGGAGACCUUGGGCUUUGUUGCAGUCCCCUCAAGAAUCGUCAACCUUAGAGAACUCGCAGUGGUAUUCUUGGCAGCGCCUCAACCACCAUCAGCAAAUCGCUUCCAGACUUCCGCCGGUGUGAUCCAGAUCAUUGAGGUAGAGCGUAAAACCUUCAACCGCAAGGAGAACAGCAUGAUUGCUCCCAUUCCGCCUUCGUCUUCGAGAACCCCAAACAAUCACAAAGGCUACGUGAAAGGCAGUGGUAAAGGAGGACGUGAUGGUCUUUCUGGUCCAUUGUUGUCAGAACGUGCUUUGAUGUUCCCGAAGCCCGCUGUCCCACUUUUGCCCAACCCGUUCGCCGACCGGGUUGAUGCACUUGAGACACAGGUGGCAACCCUCAAGCAAGACAUUGAAGCUGAGAAAAAGGACGGUGCCGACACCAAGCAGCAGCUCCCGGAGAUUUCAUCCAACCAAAACCGCGGCUUCCAGGAGCUCCUCACCGCUAUCUCGGAGAUUCGUGCUAACAUGUCUUCUGCUGCUAACAGUUCGCAGCAAAACCAUUCGCCACCCUCAAAGCAGUCUCCGCCGAAUAAGCACCCCAGACUCUGA